AUGCUGACGAGGGCUUUCAACUUGGUCAGCGCCGCCGCUGAUAGACCCCACGAGGUUACAGGCGAUGCUGACGAUCCACAAACACGAGGCUCCUCAGGAGGGCUUGUCGCCGCCUCUACUGAUCCUUUCGGAAAUACCGAUGAUCUCAGAUGCUUCGGCACUUGUCUCAAAUCAACGUGGCUUAUCGAUAGGGCAAUUCGCCGACGACAAAUUGCAACGAAUGCUGACGCUGUCGUGCGCUCGAAUGACUUCUACAUCGGCCUAGACCGCCCGGCUUGUGCAGGAUCGACUUAA